CCAUAUCAAUGAAAAAUUAAUUUCCAUUUCCGACCUUCGCUUCAUGAAACACAGAGGCGACGUAAUUUGGCAACCCUGUUUCAGGACAAAUCAAGACUCCAAAGUGGAAGAUUGCUCGGAAGCAGCUCGGAAGAUUGUUUAUAAAUAACAUUUAUUGUUGUUUAUUGUUGCACCAGGAUCUCAUCAGCAAAUAGGACUACUAAAUAUCCAGGAUUCAAAAAAAUAUGAAUUCCCCAGAAACUAAACACCCCAUGCAAGAGCUUUCCGAUAGCACCGAGAAAGCUUGUCGGCUCUGUUUGGGACAAGAGCUGCUCAUAAACGUAUUCCAUCAAGGGGACCUCCACCAGUGGAUUUCACGGUAUCUAUCGAUUGUGAUCCAACAGGAUGGCAAGCUUAGCUGGUUGAUCUGCGGCAGUUGCCAAACACGGUUAAAGCUGUUCCGUGGUUUUCAGCAGCGUUGUCUAGAGGUUCAAAAUGAGCUGCUAGGCAAAAAGUUGGUGAAUCGGAAUGAAGACGAUGCAUUUGGCAGAAUAAAUGAGCAAACAGAUUGCAAUGCUAUCAAAAAAGAGCCAGAUUCCGAUGACGACGAGGGACCAGUUUGUCGAUUAUGUAUGAGCAAAAAAAGCGUUCAAUAUGUAUUAGGCGAAGGAGAGCUUCAUCAGUUAAUAUCGAAUUAUCUUUCUAUUGUGAUUACGGAGGAAGACAGUAUUAGUCGGUGUUGUUGCAUUUGCUGCCAAACUCGAAUUGAAGAGUUCCGUGCCUUUCACAUACGAUGUCACGAAGUACAGGCCGCAUUAUGCUGUAAACAGGAAGGAUCGCUGGAAAAUCAGAAAGAUGAUGAUCAGAAGUUGACUGAAGUUCCUGAAACCCCCAUUGCACAUGUAAAAGAUGAAAAUGUAGUUUCUUCGGAAAACCUCGAAGAUCAAUCGGUUGAAUGCAGAGUGUGCCAUAAAAUCAUCAAAAGUAAGAAGAAUCUGACUGAUGCCCUGAGGUAUCACAUGGUCACUCAUGGCCCAAGGAAAUACUCAUGCACCGUAUGCAGCAAAACAUUUGUCAAAAGCUUCAACUUCAAAGAGCAUAUGAAAACUCACAAUAAAACUGCUGAAGAUAGUGAACCAGUUGAGUGUGGAAUAUGUCAUAAGAUAUUCAAAAACAAGACCACGCUACGAAUUCAUAAAGCUUCCCAUGGGCCCAAAAAGCACGUGUGUUCUAUUUGCGGCAAAGAAUAUGCACUUCGACAAUCUUUUCGACUGCACAUGGAGACACAUACUGACAUAGGUGCAUUGGAAUGGAAUGGCCAUCAUUCCGAUCAUCCAUUCAAGUGUGAACUGUGCCAUAAAGUGCUGAAAAAUAAAAUAUCGCUACAGCAGCAUAAGAAAGUGCAUCAACCAGGAAAGCAUGUGUGUCCGAUUUGUAGCAUGAUAUUUCUACGUCGUCGUGAUAUUUCAGAUCACAUGGCAACCCAUACUUCUUCAGAUGGCACAUCAAAUGGACAGGUCAACGCAGAAUAUCCAUUUAGGUGCGAAUUAUGUCCGAAGGCGUACAAAAGAAGUUAUUCUCUACUGAUGCAUAAAAAAAAUCACAAACCCAAAGAACACGUGUGCUCUAUUUGCGGAAAGGAGUUCGUGCAUCGUCCUAGGUUAGAUCAACACAUGAAGAUCCACGACACACAUUUCGAAUUUGACCCGGCAGAACAAGACAAUUAUCACUCUGAUCAUGCAUUCGAAUGCGACUUAUGUCCCAAAAUAUUUCAUUUCCAACAAGAGCUAUCAAAACAUAUGAGUAACGUGCAUAAACCGAAACAAAAGUCGUUGCUGGUCGAAGCACAUGAUUCAGACAUUAGUUCUGGGAAUGUGAAGCGUCGUGAGAAAACAAACGAGGAAGAUACAGACAAACCAGAAGACCCUUUCAAGUGCAGCGUGUGUAGAAAAACUUUUAAGCAAGAGUCACAGCUACUGAAGCAUAAAAUGAAAAUUCUUGCCAAAUUAAAAUAUGAAUGCCCCGUUUGUAAAAAACGAUACGUUUCACGAGGCCUACUGGAUCAGCAUAUGAAAAGCGUCAUACAUGCAGAAGGGAGUUCUGUCAAUAAGCAGGAUACAGAACACGAAGAUGAUGUUUUUGAAGCUGAACAGAUCAAAGUUGAAGUUGGUUCUGAUGAUGAUGAAUAAUGUGAAGCUGAAACUGGCCGAUCAUUGUUUGGUGCACUUUUGUCGAAAUGUUUGAAACACAGGAAACACACGAUCUUUCACUUCGCGAAUCGCAUCGAAUGGUUUGCGGUGAAUAACACGAAUGACUUUUUAUUUGGGAUUUGGAGUAGCCUUGGAUGAGACCCGUUUCUACAUUGAAUUUAUUUUUUUCUUCGAGUGAUGUAUCUGUUUGUCUUGAAAAUUGUAACAAGUGUAAAUGUGUUGUCUAAGAAAUAUAAACUUAUGUGUA